GAGUUUUAAAAUGUCUGGCCCUCUCCCUCCCCACCACCCGUGGCUGCUGUGUCCAGACGGAGAAUGUUCUAGCGCUGGGGGCAGCUGCGGAUGAAGUCCUUGGGGGGAAAAGGAGCAGGCCAAGGGCGAUGGUGGAGUAGAGCUGCCUCACAGAGGCAGCAUGAGCUGAGAGGGUGAUAGGAAGGAAGGAGGCGCUAGACAGCAUGGAGGACUUUCUGCUCUCCAAUGGGUACCAGCUGGGCAAGACCAUUGGGGAAGGGACCUACUCAAAAGUCAAAGAAGCAUUUUCCAAAAAACACCAAAGAAAAGUGGCAAUUAAAAUUAUUGACAAGAUGGGAGGGCCAGAAGAAUUUAUCCAGAGAUUCCUGCCUCGGGAGCUCCAGAUUGUCCGCACCCUGGACCACAAGAACAUCAUCCGGGUGUAUGAGAUGCUGGAGUCUGCUGAUGGGAAAAUCUACCUGGUGAUGGAGCUGGCUGAGGGAGGGGAUGUCUUUGACUGUGUGCUGAAUGGGGGGCCGCUGCCCGAGAGCCGGGCCAAGGCCCUCUUCCGUCAGAUGGUCGAGGCCAUCCGCUACUGCCAUGGCUGUGGUGUGGCCCACCGGGACCUCAAGUGUGAGAACGCCUUGUUGCAGGGCUUCAAUCUGAAGCUGACAGACUUUGGCUUUGCUAAGGUGUUGCCCAAGUCACGCCGAGAGCUGAGCCAGACCUUCUGUGGCAGCACAGCCUAUGCCGCCCCUGAGGUGCUGCAGGGUAUUCCCCAUGAUAGCAAGAAGGGGGACGUCUGGAGCAUGGGUGUGGUCCUGUACGUCAUGCUCUGUGCCAGCCUACCUUUUGACGACACAGACAUUCCCAAGAUGCUGUGGCAGCAGCAGAAGGGGGUGUCCUUCCCUACUCAUCUGGGCAUCUCGGCCGAAUGCCAGGACCUGCUCAAGCGGCUCCUGGAACCAGAUAUGAUCCUCCGGCCUUCAAUUGAAGAAGUUAGUUGCCAUCCAUGGCUAGCAAGCACUUGAUAAAAGCAAUGGCAAGUCCUCCCCAAUAAAACAGGGAGAGAAAGCAAACCCAAAAACCUGCUUCUAAAAUGGUGAUAUAUAUUUAAGUUUACUUCUAUCUUACAUGUAUAUACCUAUAUAUAUAAUAUAUAUAUUAAGUUUACUUCUAUCCUAUAACUUACCUAUGCCCUCCCGAGCCUUACUUCUCUUUCCCUUUAAAGAUCUUCAUGCAACCAGAGGGCCUCAUUCAGACUUCCCUUUUAUUAGAGCUAACAAGUGAUUUUCACACAGGUGUUUCACUCAAGUUAAUUAAAAAUAGACCCCAGAAUCGUACACAGGGUGGGGGAGGAGAAGAGAAAA